AUGUCAGUGCAAACGAGGCUGAGUGAGAUACUAUCAAACUGCUGGGCCAAAAAGGGGAGAUCCCUAACUGGCUGCAGAGAGAGUCGUUAUAUCAUUGACAAACACCUUCAGUCUCCUCCUGUGUUUAGUCGCAAAAAGAUACUCCGACGCAUUCAAGUUGAAUCCCAGCGACAGUAUUUUUGCAGCGCCCAAAGCACAUAUGCUUCAGAUACGGAAUACACUGAUUCCAAGCUCUUGUGCUGCAAAAUAACACCAGCACGCACCAGUGCCGGUUUUGAUUUCCUCUGCUGUCUCGACUACCAUAUGGAUCAACUCGGAGAACUAUUUAACAGACAACUAUUGAACAAUUCUCUACUUGCAUGGUUCCAGAAGAUUGCGCAUAACCUUCCUAUACUUAAGAAUGGCUGA